ACUCUCUUCAGCAUCUUUCCCUCAAUAAGGGCAAGGGGAAAAUCCAUUCGAAACGAAGAUUAUCCUACGACCUCUUUACAACUGCCAUCGUGUUUGUUACUCUGCCAGGAACCUACUGCCAGCAGAGGGAAGUGGAAGCCAUCACAGAGGGCGAUGAGGAUGACAGAGGUUGCUGCUGCUGCAAACCAGGUCACCCGCUCCACCUGUUGUCCUGCAAUGCCGCCUUUAACCUCCGCUGGCUCACCUGGGAGAUCACGCGAGCGCAGUACAUCCUGGAGGGCUACAGCAUCAUGGACAACAACGCGGCCACCAUGCUGCAGGUUUUUGACCUCCGAAGGAUCCUCAUCCGAUACUACAUCAAGAGUAUAAUAUACUAUAUGGUGACAUCCCCCAAACUGAUUUCCUGGAUCAGAAACGAAUCCCUUCUCAAGUCCCUGCAGCCCUUUGCCAAGUGGCAUUACAUUGAGCGUGACCUUGCGAUGUUCAACAUGAACAUCGAUGACGACUAUGUCCCGUGUCUCCAGGGCAUCACUCGAGCCAGCUACUGCAACGUGUACCUGGAGUGGAUUCAGUACUGUGCACGGAGGAGGCAAGAGCCCUCGAAGCACCUAGACAGUGACGAGGACUCUCCUCUGGUGACUUUGUCCUUCGCACUCUGCAUCCUGGGUAGGAGAGCUCUGGGGACCGCGGCUCACGGCAUGGCCAUCAGCCUGGAUUCUUUCCUGUACGGCCUCCACACCCUCUUCAAAGGUGACUUCAGAAUAACAGCCCAAGAUGAGUGGGUGUUUGCAGACAUCGACCUGCUGCACAAAGUUGUCGCGCCAGCUCUCAGGAUGUCCCUCAAGCUGCACCAGGACCAGUUCACUUGCCCCGACGAGUACGAAGACCCCGUGGUCCUCUACGAGGCCAUCCAGUCCUUUGAGAAGAAAGUGGUCAUCUGCCAUGAGGGCGACCCGGCCUGGAGGGGCGCCGUGCUGGCCAACAGGGAGGAGCUGCUGACCCUGCGGCACGUGGUGGACGAGGGCGCGGACGAGUACAAGGUCAUCAUG